AUGCUCGCCCGCCUCUCCAUGCUCUUCCUCUCCGCCCUCGCUGUAUGCACGCUCUUCGCUUCCAGCGCGACAGCGGCCGUCCAGCGGCGUGAUAUCGGCAGCGCGAUCGACUCGCUCACCUCUGAGGCGGGCUCUCUCGCGUCCGCAGGCACCGCCGAAGUCCCCACCCCAACCACCUCGGACGUAGCGCAUCUCGAGCACCACGCGCUCCCAGCACGGACGAUCCCCGAGCCGGUCCUACUGCGCCAGCACCAGUCAUACAUUCGUGGGUCCACGCGUGAUGCUGGGAGCGGGGUCCACAUUGCAUGGUUGCCCAUCACUGCGGAAUGUGGUCGAGUAGGACGCACUGGCAGCGGCGUUGCGACCACCCAACGCAUGCAGCAGCGUGCUUUCAGUGUCUUCAACCCCAACUCCUGCGAGACGCCUGGCGAGACGAGGAUCGCGCUCGAGCCACAGUGA